GAGAGAGCAGAGGGGGGAGGGAGAGAAAGAGAAGACAUAUUUACAUCUCUCACACAGCCUCCGUCAGAGAAAACAGCGAGAAAAUACAUUUGGUGGACAGUACUCAACCAGACCAUACAUCUUGUGUGAUUUCGAUCAAAUUGUGCAGGUGAGAAUCGACAUUUGAAACGGUUGGUUGUCGUGGUGUAUGGUUGAAGACAGAAAAAGGACACCGAAAAUUGGAUCAUCAACUUAAUAUGGAAUUUCGUAAGGAAACAUUUUUAUCCGAACAUCAAUUAACUUUAGAAAUAUGUGUUGUCUUGUGGAGGGGAGGUCAUAUUUAUACUUGGUCGUUAGCCUCUAUGUCUGGUAAACAAGGUCUAGCGAGCUAAAGCUGUCACCACCACCUCACUGAAAAUAUCACAAGCCUUCGAACGUGACCAGUCUGGCUGGGCCAGGAAAAAAAGCAAGUCAGGGAGGGAGAGUCGCUAGCUAGCCAUAUAUGCUAUAGUAUCGUUUUUCUAGACUAAGGGUAAAAUAGCGAUAUAUAAGGUAAUUCUCCGUGGUUGUGCUUUAACUGAACAUCAUUUAAAAACAAUACCAGUUAACAGCUAGUUGCAAUUGCUAAACAAUUUUUGAGAAUUGAUCGAAUAUUAGUUGAUGCUGGUUGAUUUCAAUUAGUUUCAUUUUAACAGCGCAUAAGGAAAUGUUAACAUUUGAAUUGCUAAUUAACCUGAUAGCUAGCUAUGGCCCCUGUUCAAAAGUAUUGCACAAAUAGGGAAUAGGGUGUCAGCCUAUAUGUGCACAUAUUCAUUUUAGUAUUUGCGCUAACGUUAUCAGAAGACGUCCAAACAACAGGAAGAUAUGGUUAGCAGACAAAGAAAGCCCAAAAGAACAAGGGUCAAAACGUGGCUUAUAUCUAAUUCACAAAUCUAUUUACUAAACAAUUAUUGCCUUUGCUCUCGACAAUGUUGCUUGUCAAGCUAAUCUACGUUAGCUGGCUAGCUCUUGUUUCGUACUUAGCACUAUUUAGCUGUAGCGUGACUCAGUGGUUUUGGGCCAUAUCAAUGUAUUUAAUUGUGUUCUUUGUCUGACCAUAACCAUAUAGCUAGGGCUCCCCCCAGCAAUGUUCCAACAUCUAGUGGAAAGCCUUCCCAGAAGAGUGGAGGCUGUUAAAAGGGGGGCCAACUCUAUAUUAACGCCCAUGAUUUUGGAAUUAGAUGUUCAACGAGCGGUUGUCCACACACUGUUGGCAGUGUAGUGUAAUCUGGAGGCUAGCGUUUUUGUUGUUACAUUUAUGUUAUAUCUAGGCAAGUGUGCCGUGAAUAAGCACAUUGUGCCCAUGAAUACGCCAUUUUCCCCCCCAAGGGUGUGAUUAGGCUACAUUCAGACAGAUUAAUGCGUGUUUUGUUUCGGGUUGAUUGCAUUAAUUGGUUGAAACAAAUUUGCCUAUCUGAUAGUCGCUAUAGGCUCUGGAGGGAUGGACGCAUGUGGAGCACAUUGAUUGACGUGGCCUCAUUGACAUCUGUCGGGGAGCAUCAGGGUGAAGCAAAAAUACAAACUAUUUUUGUGUGUCCAGUAAAAAGUAUGAUGGCUUGCAAAUACUAUUUAUUUCUCUUUGAGAAGGCGAUGUGUGAGAGCAUUUGUGUUCCAUGCAUGCCCAGGUGGCAAACAGGUUGUCGGGCAUCAAGCAGGCCACGAGCAUCCAAGUACUGCUCGUAACAAUCGGAACAUUUCAGGCCAGGCAACCUGGUCGUCACCACAAAGUCAUAAGCCCCACCUGUUUCUACAAUUUCUCUUUGAAAACAUCUUGCCUUUUCGGCUGUGGUAACUAGUGGAAACCAGACAACGUCAACAAUCGUGGUGCUUGCAGGGGACUUUGCUUUGCAGUCAGCAGGCAGACACGUGAUACGGUAGAAGAGGCUUUUCAAAGGAAAUCCUUGCCUGACAGGCCACCUUGGUGGGGGUUGGGGACUACACUCUGUGGUUGGAGAGUGCAAAGGGCUGUCAGAAUUUUUUGUUUGUCCUUCGCAUCCUCGCAGGGCCAUAACACGGACAUCUCUGAAUGUUCUGAGCAGGCUGCUGUGGCCCCUUCUUGGCAGAGCAUUUUUUAUGUUUUGGUCAUAACCUGUAAUAUAAAUCUGUUUAUUUCCCUUGCAAAGUUACCUGUUGUUCAUUAGCUGGAACUUAAAGACAUGCUUGGGAACUUUGGCGUCUAUAGGGCUCCCCCCAGCAAUGUUCCAACAUCCCGGUUCGGGUUAUUUUUUUAACCUCCAACUUUGGGCUGGAUGUGUCUGUGUAGUUCAUACAUGGAUAAUCUAUGAGCAGAAUUACUGUUUUACCUCAAAUAGCUACAUAAUCCCUAGUUUGAAAGCGACUGUUUUUCAAUCUACACACAAUAACCCAUAAUGACAAAAAAAUACCUUAUUUACAUAAGUAUUCAGACCCUUUGCUAUGAGACUCUAAAUUGAGCUCAGGUGCAUCCUUUUUCCAUUGAUCAUCCUUGAGAUGUUUCUACAACUUGAUUGGAGUCCACCUGUGGUAAAUUCAAUUGAUUGGACAUGAUUUGGAAAGGCUAACAUCUAUCUAUAUAAGGUCCCACAGUUGACAGUGCAUGUCAGAGCAAAAACCAAGCCAUGAGGUCGAAGGAAUUGACCGUAGAGCUCCGAGACAGGAUUGUGUCGAGGCACAGAUCUGGGGAAGGGUACCAAAACAUUUCUGCAGCAUUGAAGGUCCCCAAGAACACAGUGGCCUCCAUCAUUCUUAAAUGGAAGAAGUUUGGAACCACCAAGACUCUUCCUGGAGCUGGCCCCCCGGCCAAACUGAGCAAUUGGGGGAGAAGGGCCUUGGUCAGGGAGGUGACCAAGAACCCGAUGGUAACUCUGACAGAGCUCCAGUGUUCCUCUGUGGCGAUGGGAGAACCUUCCAGAAGGACAACCAUCUCUGCAGCACUCCACCAAUCAGGCUUUUAUGGUAGAGUGGCCAGACGGAAGCCACACCUCAGUAAAAGGCACAUGACAGAGUUUGCCAAAAGGCACCUAAAGGACUUUCAGACCAUGAGAAACAAGAUUUUGUGGUAUGAUGAAACAAGAUUGAACUCUUUGGCCUGAAUGCCAAGCGUCACUUCUGGAGGAAACCUGGCAUCAUCCCUACGGUGAAGCAUGGUGGUGGCAGCAUCAUGCUGUGGGGAUGUUUUUCAGCGGCAGGGACUGGGAGACUAGUCAGGAUCGAGGGAAAGAUGAACGGAGCAAAGUACAGAGAUCCUUGAUGAAACCUUCUCCAGGGCGCUCAGGACCUCAGACUGGGGCGACGGUUCACCUUCCAACAGGACAACGACCCUAAGCACACAGCCAAGACCACGCAGGCGUGGCUUUGGGACAAGUCUCAAUGUUGUUGAGUGGCCCAGCCAGAGAUCGAAAAUCUCUGGAGAGACCUGAAAAUAGCUGUGCAGCGACGCUCUCCAUCCAACCUGCCAGAGCUUGAGAGGAUCUGCAGAGAAGAAUGGGAGAAACUCCCCAAAUACAGGAUUGCCAAGCUUGUAGCGUCAUACCCAAGAAGAUUCAGGGCUGUAAUCGCUGCCAACGGUGCGUCAACAAUGUACUGAGUAAAGGGUAUGAAUACUUAUGUAAAUGUGAUAUUUCAGUUUUGUACAAAUAUAUUAUUUGAAAAUGUGCAGACAUUUCUAAAAACCUCUUUUAGCUUUGUCAUAAUGGGGUAUUGUGUUUAGAUUGAUGAGGGGGAAAAAACAAUUUAAUCAAUUUUUGAAUAAGGCUGUAACGUAACAAUUUGGAAAAAGUCAAGGAGUCUGAAUACUUUCCGAAUGCACUGUAUGUGACAUUGUAUGCAAUUUUCUGUGACCACUUUUGGCUCAUGAGCGCUACUUUGACAACUACUGGCUAAAUAGUAUACAAAAGUACCAGAUAAUCUCUAAGUGUCUUGCUAUAGCACCUUCGGGGUUAAUCACAAUCCAAGGCGGAAUGUUGUUUGAAAAAAACUGAUCAGCAAAUGUGACUCAUUGGUCUAUUCUCCCCCUAUUGGCACUAUUCUGUCCUUGUCACACAGAGGUGGUGAAUAGUGUAAAUAAAUAUCCAUCAAGAUGUGCUUCAUCGUGAUAAGCUGGAGGAGGACCAGCUGACAUUGUUAUAGGCCUAGUCAUUUAUGGUAAUGACACUUUGACACAUCCUAGUCCUGACUCCUGUUGAUGUGCUCAGCUCCUGCCAAGGAGGGGAGCUGAAAAAGUGUUGGGCCUAAUUGUUCUUCUCACCGUUCAUUCCCUGUUUUCUUGUGCGCAAUGAGGAAUUUCAACUCUCUUUAACUUUGGUGGUAGAAUCCUUGCCUCCCCCCCCCGUUUCUUCAUUAGUUUUAAUGUUCCUUCCUGGUAUGUUAUUUUCAAAUGUAUGUGCCCAACCACCACAACUACAUUUGGCCACCUGAGUUACACACAAACUGUUAUGCAUGCAGACACACGCAUACAUACUCCCACAUUAACAAUACACCUUGCUCCCGUUUGUCAACAGCGAUGGCCCAAGAGACGAGCCUGACGCCUGUGCUUUGUGCCACUGGCUGUGGUUUCUAUGGCAACCCCAGGAACAAUGGCAUGUGCUCGGUCUGCUACAAGGAGCAUCUGAACCGACAGCAGAGUAGUGACUGCGGCUUGAGCCAACUUAGCCCAAUGGGUAAGUUCCCCCUCCACCCUCUCACUGACCACACACAACACAAAUCUACUUCAAACAGUGCGUCUCCCUCCCCCGCUAAAAUUCACUAUUUGCAUUAGGGUUGUCACAAUACCAGUAUUGCGAUACUACGAUACUCUUUGGUCCUUUAAAAAACCUACUGUAUGAUCCAUAUUGUGUGCUAUAGCUUGGAAAGGAAGCAUGUGAUUCUGGGUGACAACAUAAGGCUGCUUGUUUCCAACAUUAGGACUGUUUUCCUCAGGAAAUUUAGUCCGCUUCAUGUUUUGUUUCCUUGUCACGAUACCUCGGAGUAUCGUGAUAACCCUAAUUUACAUACACGUUAUGGACCAGCUGCGCUCUUGAGCGGAAACCGUUGAACCAAAAUUGAGUCUCAUCUCCCAUCUGAGAUUGAUGUUUUGCUUUUGCUGUAUCACAGGAGCAGUCGGUAGUUCUACCUCUGAUGCCUCAGCCAUCCAGAGACUGGAGGCCAGUCUAGCCAAAGUAGACACGUCAUCUGGCUCUGCUGCAGACAUGGCUAGGUAAGGUGUGAGUGUGUGUCCGCAUGUGAUACAAUGGAUGUCUUAUUGCUUUAUGCUCUCUCAUAUCUGUAACUUAUCAUUUUCUUUCAUUCACCCCCUCUGCAGAACCAUUCAAGGCUCUCUUCCAGUGACUCAACAAAUGACAGAGAUGAGCAUCUCAAGAGAGGAUAACCCAGAUUCCCUAGAGCCUGGUAAAACACACACUUCUAGAGGGAAACAUUGCUCUGUUCGACCCACUUUACCAUUGGCUAAUUCUAUGCACACUGACUUGUAUACCUCAGACCCAACUGUGGUUUUAUAAACAGCCUGCCUAAAAUAAACCAGUUUUAAAAAUACCCUUGUAUGUGAGUGCUAAAACUGCCUCAGAAAAAAGAACACAGGAACCCUGUUUUAUUUUAAUCCUAAGACUGAAAGAAGUGAAUAUUUAACAAAGUGCCUUUCUCCUCUGUUUUCUCCUUCAGUUGUGAGUCAGCCUACUGCCUCUAGCCCUGUCACUGCCAGCAGUGAUGAAGUCAAGGAAGACACCCCCAAGCCCAAGAAGAAUAAGUGCUUCAUGUGCCGCAAGAGGGUGGGCCUCACAGGUGAGCACGCCAUAGCAGGAUGUGGUGCUUCUUCAAUGAAAUGGGAUGACAGGUUUGAGCAAUGUAUACGAUGUCAUGCCGUUCUUGCAAAAGAGAUUGGCCAUGUUCCAGGCCACCUACUCUACAGUUGCACAAAUAGUGAAGUCAUAUUUAUGGGAUUCCUGCAAUGUAAAACACUACUUCUGCAUUUGUGAUUGGUCUCAUAUCUACUAUGUAUAAAUAUUGUCUAAACACAGCAGGAACCCCAUGCAACGCGGCUGCAACGUAGGUGGUUUGGAAAGUAACCGUAGUCUUUCUGUGUCUUUGGUCUUAUUAGCAGAGGUUAAUUGUUAUUGAGUUGGAGUUUGGUUCAUGCUGUGGUUCCCCUCUAAUCUCUGACCUUUUGAACUCUACUCCAGGGUUCGACUGUCGCUGUGGGAACCUGUUCUGCGGUGUCCAUCGGUACUCCGACAAGCACAACUGUCCUUACGACUACAAGGCGGAGGCAGCUGCCAAGAUCCGCAAGGAGAACCCUGUUGUGGUCGCUGACAAGAUCCAGAGAAUAUAGGGUUAAGAACCAUCCACACACAGACUGGAGUAUGAUUGUGAACCCUUGACAUGAACACUGGCACGAGUGGCAAAAGGAUAGGAGUCAUUUUUAAAAUCACAACCUUGAGAAAAUAAAGAGUUCCUGCCCAAGGGGGAGAUGCAUGAACGGUCACUUUUUUUGUUUUCCCUCUUUACUGUGUGUCUUUGCCGAUAUUCUGGAGAAAAAAAAAUACAUGUAUUAUCUUUUAAAAGAGCAGCCCAGGGUAACCUUCCAGGAGAGGCAUGUCUAUUCUGCAGAACCUAUUUCUAUCUGGACGUUCCAUCACAACUGAAUACAGCCCCAGAGCUGUUUGGCCACUUUGUUGCCAAAUAGUCGACAAGCCAUUUUUUCUAAAGUUGUGUGCACAUGCAGUAUCCCGACGAGUUCAGUUGAAUCUCCAUUUCUACUUUCCGUUCCCAUUAGUGUCAGUCGGGUCAGUUGUCCAAUAGGUAUGACCACUCGAGAACUGCAACACUCUCCCAAAAAGCAGUUGGGCCUUUUUUCAGACCAUCUCUCCUACCUGCCUACCUCACAGCAGCAGGUCAUGUUUCUCAUCACAUUGUCCGUGUGAAGCCUUUUUCCUAAUCGUCUGUUACAAUCACUUCAUUAUUGCCAGAGGAAGGCACCAUUUCUGUUUCAUCACUUGAACGCCACGGUCAGUCUUUACGUUCAUUGGAAGAGGCGUGAGAAGGAGGACGAACCCAUUUUUACCAACUCAUGUGGAACAGGACUUUUAGUCAAGGAGGUUCCUAGACUAAUCUAAGGUCAGAAUCUCCCAACUGUGGUCUCAGGCAGAGGGUUGCGUGCAGUUCUCUGGGUGUGGCUUGGGCACUACCUAUCUGUUUUUUUUGGCUAUAUGGGGGGUAUGAAUGGGAUAACUGCAUGGGUUGCUCUAUCUUAAAUCAUGUAAAAUAUCUGAAUGAAUUGCUAGGUCAUUAUUUUAUCCGCUGAGACAUGUUUAAUCCCUGUUUUUUUAAUAUAUUAAUAUAGUACUGAUAUUAGCACAUGUAUUCAGUGCAGUUGUGAAGUGAGACAGCCAUGCUAUGUGUUGUUUUUGUGUGUGUGUGUUAAGUGAGAUUGAGUGAACACGUGGGUGUCAGAUUGUGCGUUCCCCCAUCUCCUUAUUUUGUUAAGCAAUAUCCUGUAGCCUUGCACAUGUUUACAAGGCUACAGGAGCAUGCCAGAAUUGCGAUUUGAAAAAUAGAUUCCAUAGUUGGAUUCCAACUUAUCUUUUCAGCUUUCUUUCUGCUAUUGGUCUGUGUGUGAGACUUUCCUUGGCUGUGUGAGACAUUGACAGUAUGUGUCCUAUGUUGAUCUUUCUUUUUCUCCCAUAGGGACGAGGUUUUUACUUUUUAAAAGAAAGGUAUCCGUUUCAGUUUUUUCCUUUGUUAGUUAUAUGCAAAUUUGUACAAAAAAACUAACUAUUUAUGUAUUACAUAAUCUUGCUACCCAGCAUUACAGCAUAAUUGUAUCAUGUAAAUAAAGACUGUGUACAGAGACAUUACAA